AUGGGUAAUACUGAGAGUAACGUAACAAGCGGUGUGAAGAAGCAAGCGGGUACGUCUGAUCAAAAACUUUACAAGUUUAUUGAUAUUAAAGGAGGCGGGCUUCUCGUAGAUAUGAUGAAAAGAGCAGUACAAAACAAACAAUAUGCAGAGAUAGACCACGCAAUCAAAACAAAAGUUGAACCCUUCCUUUACAACAAAGGGAAGGGUCGCUACAUACCGAUAUCGCACCUCGUCUUAUUGAGAAAUAAGGAACGACCUAGACAUAAAUUGUUACCUCCAUUACGAGGUAUGGAGAACCCAGAUGAAGAGUUCGACGUUGAAAAAGACUGGCCAAUCGUCACUCAAGAAGAAUAUGAUGCAAAUCCAAGUGCUUAUAGAGAACUGUGCUGGGAUCUUAAGGAACGUGGAGCAGUCGGAGAGACGAUACUUCAUCUUUGCCUCCUUAACGCUACUUCUCUAUUAGCAGAUUUAGCAAAAAGAUUACUGCGCUUCUACCCGAAAUUGAUCAAUGAUAUCUAUAUGAGUGAUGAAUAUUAUGGUGAAAGUGUCCUUCACAUGACAAUUGUAAACGAGGACCCAACGAUGGUCAAGUUCCUUCUAGACGCUGGAGCGGACUACCACGAGCGAUGUUGCGGUAACUUUAUGUGCCCUGAGGAUCAAAAGGCUUCUAGAUCGGACUCGUUCGACCACGAAUGGGUUAAUGUACAACCGGAUACAAAUUAUAACGGGUACGUGUAUUGGGGCGAAUACCCGUUAAGCUUCGCGGCCUGUCUUGGCCAGGAGGAGUGCUAUCGGCUGAUCUUAGCGCGAGGGGCGGAUCCGGAUAAGCAGGAUACGAAUGGAAACACAGUUCUACACAUGUUGAUCAUUUAUGAUAAAAUAAGCACGUUCGACAUGGCGUACGAAGUUGGGGCAUCCCUUAACAUACGUAACGUUCAAAAUCUGACGCCCCUAACAUUAACCGCCAAGCUAGCUCGUGUGGAGCUGUUCUUUCACAUUCUGAACAUAGAGAGGGAGAUAUAUUGGCAAAUCGGAGCUACUACAUGCGCUGCGUAUCCCCUGGGCCAGGUCGAUACUAUUGAUACGGAAACAGGAUUAAUUAGCAAAGAUUCGGCAUUGAAUUUAGUUGUAUUUGGUGAAAAAGACGAACAUUUAGAACUAUUAGAGGGUAUGUUGAUAGACCUAUUGAAAACUAAAUGGAACACAUUCGUCAAGUUUCGCUUCUAUCGUCAAUUCAUCCUUUUUACGUUCUACUUCGUGAUAUCCCUCAUUUGUUUCACGUUACGACCGGGACCACCUGAUAGGUCCCUGAACACCACUGUCGUUAAUACAACGACGAGUCCAGUGGUCAAUGACACGGAGUUAGUGUCUGAUGUUGUAAAUAUUUACAAAUUUUCAGAAAACUGUACAUUACCCCAGUCUGGUGUAGAAUUUGAUGCAAGUGCUGUGGACAUAUUUAACGGAUCGAAACCUGGUGUUCAGUGUGGUCGUUUCAAAAGUCAUCCGAAGGAUAAAGAUAAAGUCACAGAAGCACCUAUUCAGAAUGAUAUGGAAGGCUGGUGGGAGGAUUUAACUGAAGAUUGUCGACUGAUGAAUUUUGAGACUUGGCAGGCUAAAUUGCGCAUAAGUGCAGAACUUUUGUUAUGGGUUGGUGCUCUGGCGUACAUAGGUGCAGCGUUACGAGAGGCAAGAUUCUUAGGAAUUAAAAUGUUUAUUGAAAAUUUGAGCACAGUUCCUUCAAGAGUGAUGUUUCUAUUUUCGUGUCUAUUGAUGGUGAUUCUACCGACAUUACGUUUGUGGUGCGCUGACGAGGCAGAGGAUCACCUGGCUGUAAUCAUUAUGCUAACUACUGCUCCAUACUUCUUGUUCUUUUGUCGGGGUUUCAAAACCGUAGGUCCAUUCGUAGUUAUGAUCUAUAGAAUGGUAAUGGGAGACCUGUUACGUUUCGUCUGCAUCUAUCUCGUCUUUGUUAUGGGAUUUUCUCAAGCAUAUUACGUAAUUUUCCUAUCGUUCGACAAUCCUAACACACCAGAGGGAGUUGACGACUCGGUAUCGAACCCGAUGCCUUCGCCCAUGGAGAGUAUUAUGGCUAUGUUCUUAAUGUCACUCACAUCGUUCUCAGACUACUAUAGUGCUUUCGAUAGAACGGAUCAUGAAAUUGCCGCAAAGCUUCUAUUCGUAAUUUACAUGAUAAUAGUGGCGAUACUGUUAGUAAACAUGCUGAUCGCCAUGAUGGGGAAUACGUAUCAGAAGAUCGCAGAAACUCGCAACGAAUGGCAGAGGCAGUGGGCUCGGAUCGUAUUAGUGGUGGAGCGAGGGGUACCGCCAGCACAGAGGUUGAAACAAUUACUGGCGUAUAGCCAGCCGAUGGCAAAUGGAAAGAGGGCUUUAGUUCUGAGAAUUAAUCAGAAAGAUGAGGAUAAGGAAGAAAUGAAAGAAAUCUUAGAAAUGAAGCGGACACACGAGCGUAUUGUGGCGAAGAGGAAGCAGCGCGAGGCGGAAAUGAAAGGGAGGAAGGGAAACUUACCCCCUCAGCCGGUUAGAAAUUACCCCCUCACUAAAAACCAGAAUGUCAUUGUUAAGAAAACAUAGAACUAUUAGGAAUAUUAUUUAAUGUGAGAAAAUGUAAUAAUAAAAAACAUUUUUUUUUUCAAUUUUACAAUU